CCGUCGGGAGGAGAGACGGACAUCAGCCCGGGGACCAGAGGACCGGGACAGGACCGGGACGUCAACCCGGGAACUGGGACAUAGACCCGGGGACAGGAGGACCACAGGACCCGGACUUCACCGGGACACUAACCCCGGGACCAGAGGACCAGAGGACCGGGACUUCACCGGUACAUCAGCCCGGGGAUAAGAGGACCAGAGGACCGGGACUUCACCGGUACAUCAGCCCGGGGAUAAGAGGACCAGAGGACCGGGACAUCAGCCCGGGGAUAAGAGGACCAGAGGACCGGGACUUCAGCCCGGGGAUAAGAGGACCAGAGGACCGGGACUUCAGCCCGGGGAUAAGAGGACCAGAGGACCGGGACAUCAGCCCGGGGAUAAGAGGACCAGAGGACCGGGACUUCACCGGUACAUCAGCCCGGGGAUAAGAGGACCAGAGGACCGGGACAUCAGCCCGGGGAUAAGAGGACCAGAGGACCGGGACUUCAGCCCGGGGAUAAGAGGACCAGAGGACCGGGACUUCAGCCCGGGGAUAAGAGGACCAGAGGACCGGGACAUCAGCCCGGGGAUAAGAGGACCAGAGGACCGGGACUUCAGCCCGGGGAUAAGAGGACCAGAGGACCGGGACUUCAGCCCGGGGAUAAGAGGACCAGAGGACCGGGACUUCAGCCCGGGGAUAAGAGGACCAGAGGACCGGGACAUCAGCCCGGGGAUAAGAGGACCAGAGGACCGGGACUUCACCGGGACAUCAGCCCGAGGAUAAGAGGACCAGAGGACCGGGACAUCAGCCCGGGGAUAAGAGGACCAGAGGACCGGGACUUCAGCCCGGGGAUAAGAGGACCAGAGGACCGGGACUUCACCGGGACAUCAGCCCGAGGAUGAUCGAUCCCCCGUCAGGUCAGACCGGAAUGAAGACUCCGUUCAGCCCGUCUGCGCAGAUCUUUGCCCUCAGAGGAAUGUGUCAGGAAACGAUGGACACACCAGCACCCGUCGGUGUGUCUGCCCAGCACCCUUCACCUGCAGGUCUGGGUGGAGGUUUCUCUCUGUGUGAGGUGUGUAACCUGCAGCUGACGUCGGCGGCUCAGGCCCGCCUGCAUUACAACGGCAGAUCUCACCUCCGGAGAGUCAGACAGCUCCGGGCCGGAGAGGCAGGACAGCAGGGAGCAGUCGGGACCCAGUCCAGAUCCAUUUCCCAGACCUCAGGGCUCAGCUUCCAGCCUGCAGGGCUCAGUCUGGCUCCUGGCCUCGUGGGUUGGGGCCUCGGCGCUUCCUCCAGCUCCACGGCAGGAAGUGUUACCGGAGCAGUGAGCGACUCGUUGCCGGGGCUGCUCGGGGCCGCCGCUCUUCCAGCGCUGAUGAAACCACUCCUGCCAUUUCCUGUGGAGACCACGUCGCCAGUCGGCCUUUUCCCGAACUUCAACAUGAUGGACCCGGUGCAGAAGGCCGUCAUCAACCACACCUUUGGUGUUACCAUGGUACCCAGAAAGAAACAAGUGAUCUGCUGCCACGUCUGCCAGCUCAGGUUCAACUCUGAUUCUCAGGCGGAGGCUCAUUACAGAGGAAGUCGUCACGCCAAGAAGAUCAAGUCUCAGGAGAACAAGGCCAAAGCCAAGCUGUCCGUCACAGAGGAGACCAAUGGGAGCGGCUGCAGCCCUGCUGGCCCCGCCCCUUCAGCCGGCAGGACCAAUCAGACGACAGAUCUAUUAUCCAACCCCGUGGAUUCUCCCCCCCCACUCCGGCCCCUGCUCCCCCCCUUCCCCUCCUUCACCUCCUUCACCUCCUUCACCUCCUCUCAUCCCCCCUUCACCCCCUGGUCCAGCAGCAGUGAGCCUCCUCCCUGCAGCCCCCCCUCCGCCCUGCCGGCUCCAGCCCUCUCUUCUUCUUCUGCUUCUUCCUCCUCCUCUUCUCCAGCAGCUCCGGCCACCGGCUCCUCUUCAGGGCCGUCAGUCGGGUAUCAGACCUCCUCCUCCUCUUCCUCUGCUCUUCCUCUCCAGACUUCCUCCUCCUCCUCUUCCUCUGCUCUUCCUCUCCAGACCUCCUCCUCCUCCUCCUCCUCCUCCUCCUCCUCUUCCUCCUCCCAGGACGCUCCUCCAUCAGCAGAGUCGGAGGAAGAGAAGGCAAAGAAACUGCUGUACUGCUCUCUCUGUAAAGUUGCUGUCAACUCCCUGUCCCAGCUGGAAGCUCACAACGCUGGUUCAAAACACAAAACGAUGCUGGAGGCUCGAAGUGGCUCCGGGCCGAUCAAAGCUUUCCCCCGACCCGGAGCCAAACCGAGGACCGGCAGCAGCCCGGGCCCGAAGGUCUCCGGCCUGCAGAACAAAACCUUCCACUGCCAGAUCUGCGACGUCCACGUUAACUCUGAGAUCCAGCUGAAGCAGCACAUUUCCAGCCGGAGGCACAAAGACAGAGUGGCAGGAAAACCAACCAAACCCAAAUACAGUCCGUACAACAAACAGCAGCGCAGCAACACGAAGGAGCCGGUGAAGCCUUCCCUCUCUCCCUCUCUCUUUUCCUCUCCUCUCAGCCCUCAUCCCUCCACCCUUCCCUCCUCCAUCUCCCUCCCUCCCUCCUCCAUCUCCCUCCCUCCCUCCUCUCUCUCCUCAUCCCCCCUUUUCUCCCGCUCCUCCUCCCCUCUCACCCCCCCCGUGUCUCUCUGUCCUCGGCCGGCCGUGUCCUCGUCUCUGUUCUCCUUCCUGCGUCCGGCUCCUGGACCAAUCAGAGCGAGCCGGGGCUCCAUCGUCUUCACGCCGUACUGACGCCGGAGACGGAGGUACGGAGGACCUGGACUCUGCUGUUUGCUGGAUAAUCAGGGACGAUUCUGCUGCAGCUUCACACACACUGUUGGGAUGGAUUUGUGAUUGACAGCUGACCAACAUCACCAAAGACACAGGAAGAUAAAAACACAAUCACUAAAGAGCCUGGAAAGCAACAAUCAGCCCGGAAAACCUGGUCAUGGUUGGAAAACAAGUGCAGCUCUUCUACGUCUGAAGUCCUGACGCUCCAGAUCCAUGAACGUGUGUUAAUGAUUCUGAUUAUCUAACAUGUCAGUGUUUGUGUCAGCUUUAAUCAGCAAACACAGAUCAGCCGUGGGAACACCCACCAUUUCAGUUAUUGCUGUUGUUGGGUUGAAGAUGUGCAGUGUAGUGACUAGAUAAAGGUGGACAAAGAGAGAGGAUCCGGAGCAUUUGGCCUGGUGUUAGUUAUGAACAUAAGGUUUUCAAAAACCACCGCAAACAAAUGGUGACUCCCCCUAGUGGCCGGUUUGGUGACGCCCCCUAGUGGCCGGUUUGGUGACGCCCCCUAGUGGCCGGUUUGGUGACGCCCCCUAGUGGCCGGUUUGGUGACGCCCCCUAGUGGCCGGUUUGGUGUCGCCCCCUAGUGGCCGGUGUGCAGAAAAUUAAAAAUGGCUCCCGCCGAAAAGACCAAGGGUCAUAUCUCAGCUUCUCUCAGUCCUAGAUUGUUGUAUAUUGUCACUUUAUCUACUUUUUUGGUGCUAGGAAUUCAAUUCUGAGAUAAAUUUCCUAUUUCAAGGUCAUGUUGAAGGUCACAUUUAAUUUUGAAGGUAAUUUUUUGCCCAAAAAUCUCUAGAUCCAUAUUUUCACCCCCAUUCCUUAAUUCCUCAUUCAUUCAUUCAUUCAUUCAUUCAUUCAUUCAUUCAUUCAUUCAUUCAUUCAUUCAUUCAUCCAGGCUGAAGAUGAACAGAACCUCAGAACUAAGUUACAGUGAAAGAAUAGGAUUUUAUUAAAAUAACACACAUUUAGAAUUUUCUGCAAACCGGCCACUAGGGGGCGAUUUUCCCAAUUUGUUAGUGGUGGUUUUUAAAACCUUAUGUCCAGAACUAACAUGCUAAAUAUCAGAAACUUCCCAGCUACAACUGCAGUCAGCGACUGUAAGAAGAACUGACGGCUUUGAAUAACAAACACUUGGAAUAAAUUUGAUGUCAAAAAAUGAUGUUUUUGUCAGCAGAGAUGUGAAAUCCAGGUUCUUCUUAAGAGCCUUUAAACCAGGUGACCACUGACUCUCUUUUAACAACAGUUUCUCAAACACAAGGAUAUUAAAGGACUUUUUCCAGGUUAUAAAUCCAAACACCUGUAUGUAUUUAUUUGCUGUUACAUGUUACUGAAAUAUAAGAAUCCAUCACCUCUUCCUCUUCAAAGGCAGCUACAGCAUUUCAAGUUGAAUUGAUGGAGAAUAAAUGUGCUAAACUUCCAGUUUGAACCAGGUCACUGCUGUCAGAUGAAACUUAAAGCAAUAAAAUGUAAACCAGGAGUAAGUAUAUAGAAUAAAACCAGGAGUAAACCUCAGCUGCAGUUCUGACCCCGAUGUCCUGGAGAUGUUUGGAAACGAGUUCUAACCCUAACCCUGGAAUGUUCUAUCUUCAUCUCUGCUGUUCCAGAUCCAUCUCUGCUGUUCCAUCUUCAUCUCUGCUGUUCCAUCUUCAUCUCUGCUGUUCCAUCUCCAUCUCUGCUGUUCCAUCUUCAUCUCUGCUGUUCCAUCUCCAUCUCUGCUGUUCCAUCUCCAUCUCUG